UCGCAUCUUGAGCAGAUCAAGAGCUUUUCACAUACAUAGCUGAUUCUAAGCACCUAGGGAAAUCAAUCAGCUGGAAGUACACACCAUGUUCGCUCGUUCAGCAACCCGAUCCAUCGUACCCGCCCUGCGCAAGUCCAUCGCCCCCAACCCGACCCCAUCCAGCUCGACCUCGGUCGUCCGAUCGUUCAGGUCAAAUAUCUCUGCAUCCAGUUCGGCUCGAAGUGUGCAUUUCCAGGUGCAGAAGGUGGCGAAGCGGGCGUUCCAAACGAGUGCAGUGGUCAAGCAUGGUGAUAUCGAACGACCUGCUCCCGGAACAGGCAUCAAGAUCACCUUCCAGGACUCCAAAGGCCAGACAGUAACCCAGGUCGAGGGUAACGAGGGCGACGAUCUCCUCUCCUUGGCUCACGAAUGGGACGUCGACCUCGAAGGCGCCUGUGAGGGCUCGAUCGCCUGUUCGACCUGCCACGUGAUCCUCGAUGCGGAGAGCUACGACAAGCUGGAGGAACCGGAGGACGAUGAGAACGACAUGUUGGAUCUGGCUUUCGGGUUGAGCGAUACAUCCCGAUUGGGAUGUCAAGUCAAGCUGACCAAAGACAUAGAUGGGAUGGUAGCCACCCUGCCUUCCGCCACCCGGAAUAUGUAUGUGGAUGGUCACAAGCCUACACCACACUAAAGAGAUCGCUGGACACCUAUAUCCCUGCCACCUGAUUUCAUCUCACCCCCUUGAUUGACCUCUAUCGUUGUGUCGAAACGAAAAAGGCGAUCUGCAAUAUCGUCAAACGAUUCCUUCCUACCUAUCUCUGAACCCAGCCUCUGUCCCGCCGCUAUCUGCUCGUUGUAUCGCCAUCCGCCUCGCAUGCCGCAUAGUCAUUCUAGUCAUACACAUACAUGCUCUACUCC